AUAUAAUUUCAAAAUAUUUAAAAUGCAACUCUGCAGCAUUUUAUUCAGCUAAACAAAACAUCAAGCAAAAAGACACGAACAUUUCUGUUCGAUCGUGAAUUUUUUAAUUAUUUUCUUAAUUUGCACAUGUUACAAAGUGUUAGAUAUAGCUGUAGCCAAGGAAACCUUAUCACGAAUCCUAUCAAGAGAUUAUUUGCCAUGAAACGAGCAUCCAAAUCAAAGGAAACUUCCGAGAGUUCCAAAAAAUCUAAAAAUGACUCACAAGAAGUUUCUUCAGAUCCGGCAUCGGCAUCAAGUUUCUCUAAGACCACUUCGACGACAAGCAAUUCUUUGUAUUCCACAUUUCAAGAAAACAGGAUAAGCUGCGCUUUGGACAUAAGCCAGUUUCAAUUUAAAAAGAAACGUGUCCGCAUUUUAAGCAAUGUCAAGGAAGUGGACGACUGCCGUGGACCUAUUGUCUAUUGGAUGUCACGCGAUAUGAGAGUACAAGAUAAUUGGGCUUUUUUGUAUGCCCAACGCUUGGCUUUGAAAUUGGAGCUGCCCUUGGUAGUGGUAUUCUGUUUGGUUCCAAAGUUCUUGAAUGCCACCAUUAGGCAUUAUAAAUUCUUGCUCGGUGGAUUGGAGGAAGUGGCUGCUGAGUGUGAAAAUUUGAAAAUACCGUUUCAGUUAUUAAUGGGACCGGCUAAAGACCGCGUUCCCCAAUUCGUUGAGAAAAAUGGUGUGGCAGCAGUAGUUUGUGAUUUUGCUCCUUUGCGUGUACCCAUGCAAUGGGUAGAGGACGUGAAAAAUAACUUAGCUGAUACUGUUCCAUUAAUUCAAGUAGAUGCACAUAAUGUUGUGCCCGUCUGGGUUGCUUCCGACAAACAGGAGUAUGGUGCCCGAACCAUACGCAAUAAAAUCAACACAAAAUUGGGUGAAUUUCUAACUGAAUUCCCACCUGUGGUUGAACACAAGUAUAAACUAAAGAAGAAUUUAGACUCGGUUGAUUGGAAAAAAGCUUACAACUCCUUAGAGUGUGAUAUGUCAGUUGAUGCUGUUCCAGGUGUGAAUCCUGGUUACAAAGCUGCUUGUGCCCAAUUGGAAAACUUUUGCAGGCGCAUCAGAUUGUUUGGAGAGAAGCGUAAUGAUCCCACAGUAAAUGCCCUCUCUGGAUUAUCGCCAUGGUUUCAUUUUGGCCAAAUAUCUGUUCAAAGAUGUGUACUUGCUGUGCGAGAGUACAAAGGCAAACAUAAGGAAUCCGUUGAGGCUUUUUGUGAGGAGGCUAUAGUUCGUCGUGAGUUGGCCGACAAUUUUUGUUACUUUAAUAAGAACUACGACAAUCUCAAGGGGUUGCAUGAAUGGGCCGCAAAAACUCUCAAUGAUCAUCGUAAGGAUAAACGUACACCCUGCUACAGUUUGGAGGAAUUUGAAACCUGUCAUACCCAUGAUGACUUUUGGAAUAGCGCCCAAAUACAGCUGGCUAAAGAGGGAAAAAUGCAUGGAUUUUUACGCAUGUAUUGGGCUAAAAAAAUCUUAGAGUGGUCAGAAUCUCCAGAAAAGGCAUUGGAAAUAGCCAUAUUACUUAAUGACAAAUACAGUUUGGAUGGCAGAGAUCCUAAUGGUUAUGUUGGAUGCAUGUGGUCUAUCGGUGGCAUACAUGAUCAAGGAUGGGCUGAGCGCCCCAUAUUUGGCAAAAUUCGUUACAUGAACUACCAAGGUUGUAAACGUAAGUUUGAUGUCAAGGCCUUUGUGGCACGUUACGGAGGAAAAGUUUACAACAAAAAAUAACUUAAAGAAUCUAUACUGGCUACCUGGUUACCUUCAUAUUUUUUUAUUUUUUUUUAUAAAAACAUCAUUUAAUAUCAACACAGUAUUUUAAUAAAAAGAAAAGCAAACA